CUGUUGCCUUGGCUGUGUCCGUCGCCGUUUUUAACCAGCAGAAUUAGCCAAUUUCAGAGCAAGACCAGAGAGGAAGCAUAAGAAAAGAAAUGUGCACAUUAGAGAAGCAGGGCAACCUCUACAUCCUCACGCUGACCGGCCCAGACGAGCACAGAUUAAACCCCACGCUUAUCGACUCUAUCCAGUCGGCUCUCCGCCAGCUCCGUCUCCAGCCACUUUCCCCUUCUUCCGCUCUCAUCACCACCGCCCAUGGCAAAUUCUUCUGCAACGGCUACGAUCUUGCCCGGGCCCGAUCCGCUCCAUCGGCGGCCAUCACUCAGUCCUACGUCCGGCUUAUGUCCUCGAAAUUCCGGUCUCUAAUCUCCGACCUCAUCUCCCUUCCCAUGCCCACUAUUGCUGCCGUCACGGGACACGCGUCGGCCGCAGGAUUUAUAUUGGCUUUGGCUCACGAUUAUGUGCUGAUGAGAAAAGAUAGAGGCUUCCUUUACAUGAGUGAGCUGGAUAUAGGGCUUGCGAUUCCUGCUUGGUUCAUGGCGAUGUUGAAGUGUAAGAUCGGGGAUGCGAAUGUGAGGAGGGAGGUGGUGUUGACGGCGGCGAAAUUGACAGCGAAGAUGGCGGUGGAGAGGAGGAUCGUCCAUUCAGCUCACGAUAGCGCGGAGGCCACCGUUGAAGCAGCGAUUGGGUUGGGGAACGAAUUGGUUAGUAAGAAAUGGGAGGGACAGGCGUAUGCGAGUAAUAGGCUGGUUGUUUUGGGUGAGGUAUUGGAUAAGAUUGGGUUUGAUGAAACUGUUGAGGGACGAAAUGGGGAUAGCAUUAAAUCAAAGCUGUAAUCCUAUUUGAACGUUGAAUCCCUUCCUUUUAAAAUCGAAUUGAAUUAAAGAAAUUAAAAAAUAAAUUUAUUUAAAUUAUAAA